AUGUGGACCGCUCGGUUUAUUGGCUUCGCACUUCUCAUCAUUUUUUUUCUCUCACCUGUUUAUGGGGAUGAUUAUAGUGAAAUCGCUGAUUGCGUUAUGCUGACAGGAGCUGGUAAUAUUAAAAAACCUUCAAUUUCGCACCGUGCUUGCCGUGAUACUGAGGAAGGAUUUUGUUUCGCAACAUUCCCACUGGAUGCAGCAACAAUUGGAAACAACUUAAACGAGUAA